GAGACACGAUUCGGAGCAACAGCUUACUGCUGUUCUCAACACUGAGCACAUUUGAGAAUCAUUUAUCUGUCGAGAGAAAGGGCCGUUUCCUCUCCUUUGAAGUGAGAACACACUCCGCGGCGGACACACUCCCCGUCUAUCAAAAUGAACAUUUUUGAGAACGACACAGCAAGCACGGUGAUCGGUUUAUCCCAGUUGGCGUUUCUGUCCAGCUGUAGUGUGAUCUUGGACUGAGCGUAUCUAAUAUACUGUAGAGCUAGCGCCGGGCUUGCAGGACAGUAGUUCAGGGGCUGGAGCUGCUGUUUUUGAGGAUCCGCCGUGAUAUACAGGUGUAUCCCGACCUUCGUUUGUCUGUCCAUGUGUACGGAUUUUUAAGACGCUUUGGAUGAAAGGACCACAGCGCUGGUUUAGUCUGUAUUUGACAGACGCACAAAGGAAACAAGCACCCGAACCCUAGAGUGAGGGGAAAAAUCAAGACCGCGUACUGCACACGUUUGGAAAAAUAAUAACCGGAACAUCUAUUUUUUUUCUUUUUCUCCUGUGGAUUAACGAGAUUGCGAACUCGGGUCAUAACGAUCUGGGCUGUCAAAUACUCCGAGAUAGCGAGGGAAACGGAAUCAUUUCGGAUAUAAUCUAUGCAUCGAAUAACCCAUUAAAAAAGAAAAUCCGUGAAUUAAAACACAACAGAGGGAGGCGGGGAGACGAAAGAGCGAGCUCGGAGGGCAACAGCGAAGUGAAGAGGUGUCAUUAUGUGGAAUCUGUAGAUGUGGCACCUAGUUCUUCAGUGGAAAAGCAAGAUAACUUUUUCUUCACAUAAAAUGUGAUUUUGCAUACUUCUUGGGACAUCCCCUGCAAACCAUAUCUCAGAAAGCCAUCGAUGAACAAAGCCUGCGAUUGCUAAGGAGGCUGUGGUAACUGAACACUCUUCCCCAACACAGCGGGAUUUGUAUUGCGAGCGGGGGUUAUUGGCAGAGAGGAGGGGGAACUUUAGUAUUGUUGUUUUUCUGUUGUGGAUUCUCAAAACUGGAAAUUACAGAUCGACAAAUCGCAUCGGUGGCAGUUCAUGUAGCAAGAACAUGCCUUAAAGGCAACAUUGCGCCGCAGUCAACAACAAUGUAGCAUCUUGACUCAGAGCCCACAUCAUAUGGAUCCUGCCCGUCUGAAGGUCUGUUAAACACAUGGACCAUGCUAUAGAGAUCGUGCUCAGGUGGCGUACGAUGAGAUCCUGACUGAUCCCAAGACUCUGGUGGAAUAACCCGAGUGAAGCCGCUGGACUCGUUGGGUCGGGUGCUCUCAGGGGGCGUCUACGGGCCGGGAGGGCGAGGUCGACAGACCCGGGGAGAUGGCGCGCCCCGGCUCCGCUCUGAUGAUCCCCGUGAACGGACUGGGGUACGCUCCCCAGAACCUGGCGCGGGUGGUGGUGUGGGAGUGGCUGAACGAGCACGGGCGCUGGAGGCCCUACAGCGCCGCCGUGUGCCACCACAUCGAGAACGUGCUGAAGAGCGACUCCCGGGGCACAGUGGUGCUGGGACAAGUGGACCCCCAGCUGGUCCCCUACAUCAUAGACCUGCAGUCUAUGCAUCAGUUCCGCCAAGACACAGGAACCAUGCGCCCAGUGCAAAGGAACUUCUACGACCCGUCGUCCGCCCCUGGGAAGGGUGUGGUGUGGGAGUGGGAGAACGACAGCGGCUCCUGGACGCCCUACGACAUGGAGAUCUGCGUCACCAUCCAGAACGCCUACGAGAAGCAGCACCCCUGGCUGGACCUGACCUCGCUGGGCUUCUGCUACCUCAUCGACUUCAACAGCAUGGCGCAGACCAACCGGCAGAGCCAGCGCAAGCGCCGGCUGCGGCGCCGCAUGGACCUGGCCUACCCACUGACCAUGGGCUCCAUCCCCAAGUCCCAGUCCUGGCCCGUGGGGGCCAGCUCGGGCCAGCCCUGCUCCUGCCAGCAGUGCAUCCUGGUCAACAGCACCCGCGCCGCCUCUAACGCCAUCCUGGCAUCCCAGCGGCGCAAAGUCUACGCGGGAGCCAGCGGGGCUACGGGCACCCUCACCAUGGUCCGUCAGAGCAACACCUUUGCUGGCACCUCCCUCUGGGCGCCCCCUUCCUCCGGCACCGGUGUGGGGGGCCCAGCCAAACCCGAGCAGGUGCAGUCCCCCCCGCCUGCCGCCACCUUCCCCCGGCCCCACGUCCUCCCGGCCCUGCCCGCCUCCGGCACCAUAUCCGGGCAGAACAACCUCAACCGGCCUGGCACUCAGCGCACGGCCAUGGGCAGCACCCGAGGGGCCAUUCCACCUGGGGUUCCUGCCCUCCCAGUGAAGAACCUAACUGGCUCUGGGCCAGUUCACCCUGCACUGGCAGGCAUGACCGGGAUCCUGAUGUGUGCCGCGGGGCUCCCGGUGUGUCUGACCAGGGCGCCCAAGCCCAUCCUGCACCCGCCGCCCAUCAACAAGAGCGACAUGAAGCCCGUCCCGGGGGUGAACGGCAUCCGACGCAAGACCAAGAAGAAGCACCUGAAAAGAGGAAAGAACCCAGAGGACGUAGUGCGGAGAUACACCGAAAAAGUCAAAGUUGUCCCCGAUGAGGACUGCACAAUCUGCAUGGAGAGACUAGUCACCUCUUCUGGCUACGAGGGCGUGCUGAGUCACAAGGGGGUCAAGCCGGAGCUGGUGGGCAAGCUGGGCAAGUGUGGGCACAUGUACCACCUACUCUGCCUGGUGGCCAUGUACAACAAUGGCAACAAGGACGGCAGCCUGCAGUGCCCCACGUGCAAGGCCAUCUAUGGGGAGAAGACAGGGACACAGCCCCCUGGGAAGAUGGAGUACCACGUGAUCCCUCACUGCCUGCCCGGCUACCCUGAAUCCAAGACCAUCCGCAUCGUGUAUGACAUUCCUGCUGGGAUCCAGACUAAUGAGCACCCAAACCCUGGAAAGAAAUUCAGUGCCAGGGGCUUCCCCCGACACUGCUACCUGCCAGAUAACGAGAAAGGCAGAAAGGUCCUGAAGCUCCUGAUUAUUGCAUGGGACCGCCGGCUCAUCUUCACCAUCGGCACAUCCAACACCACAGGGGAGUCGGAUACAGUGGUCUGGAACGAGAUCCAUCACAAGACAGAAUUUGGCUCUAACCUGACAGGACAUGGCUAUCCUGAUCCCAACUACCUGGACAAUGUCCUGACAGAGCUCUCGGCUCAAGGAGUGUGUGAGGACGCCCUGAAGGACUGAGCAUAGCCACUGACUUCUGAGAAGAACACACUCCAUUAGGUUUUAGGAGAAAAUUGUAUUUUUCCCUCCCAACCUUUAAUGCAAAUGAGAGUGAGAACUUAAGAGAAACUUCUAAUAUUCUUUUAGCGUCUGGCUAAAACAAUUGCAUAAACAGACACCUUGUAUAAAAAAUACUUUUAUUUCUGACUGCUUUCACUCUCUUUGCCUUGGGCAUGCAUAAUCUUGCCAAAUAUGGAUAUUGAAAUAAGGUCUAAACCCGCCAACUAGGAAGAGUUUAGGGGUGGGUCUGGAAGGUUGCUGCAAGCUGAUAGGUCAUCGUGCCCUUUGGGGGUGGGUCUGCAAGGUUGCUGCAAGCUAAUAGGUCAUUGUGCCCUUAAGGGGUGGGUCUGCAAGGUUGCUGCAAGCAGAUAGGUCAUUGUGCCCUUAGGGGGUGGGUCUGCAAGGUUGCUGCAAGCUGAUAGGUCAUCGUGCCCUUUGGGGGUGGGUCUGCAAGGUUGCUGCAAGCUGAUAGGUCAUCGUGCCCUUUGGGUGUGGGUCUGCAAGGUUGCUGCAAGCUGAUAGGUCAUCAUACCCUUAGGGGGUGGAGCUGGAGGGUUUCUGUAAGUUCAUAGGUCAUCAUGCCCUUAGGGGGUUUCAAGUUUCUGCAAGUUGUUAUGUGAGAGAGUCCAUAUUGGUGGAGCAUAAUCGUGGCUUCAGGAGGAUUGUAGGAAAAUAGGUGGAAGUUUAUACAGGAAUUUACAAGAUUCAGAUGUUCAGUAAACCUGAUGAGCUUUUUGUAAAGCUACGCACAGGCAUUCCUAGGAAUUGAUGUCAGCUACUGCUAGAAUGCUGACUGUUUAUUAAAUUAGAAACAAGGAUAAAAUUGCCUUGAGACCCAGAAAGGGCCAAACCAAUGUCCUUUGUUUUAAGAUUUUUAUAAAAAUUGUUGACUUAAAAAAUUAGAAGUGGUAGAAAGCUUGGACUGUGUUCUCUUUCCAUGUUAUGCAUAUGUAUACUUUAGGGAUGCAAGUUUGUCAUAAUCAUUUAGUUCACAAUCGCUUCCGUUCUUAUUAACCUUGGUGGCUGCUUUCCGAGUGUAAGAUUGGUAGAUUUCAGUAUGACUUAAAUAGAUAUUUAAGAGUGAAAAGGCAGACCAUGUUUGUGCAUGCCUGUAUUAAACAUCCCAUUACUAAUUUAUACGCAAUGAUAAGCUGAAUCCAGUUAUUGCUUAAUGCAAACAAAUGUAUUACACAAAUAUACUGCAGAAGGAAUUUAAUUUCUUGCUAGGGUCAGCUGGAAGUAGCCCUCUGAGUAUAACUGAGUUGUUUGCAUAAACAGUGGAUGCCCCUUUUAUUGAGCUCAGGCCAUUUUACAGGUGUUUACCUUUUCAGGAAUGUGGCUUAAACUGUGGCGUGAUGUUGACAUCAACACACCUGGUAUCAAGUUUUUGACAGAUAUGCACUGUUACUCAGGCCUGGAGACCUGUGCUUAAAGUUUGAUCGAAACUAGAUGAUGUAAAACGCAAGCCACAGACGCUGAUAUGAUGUCAAUAACCCUGCUUUGAUUAAGCAGAGAGGAGUGUCUUGCAUGUAUGAAGCCACGCUAAUCCUUCUUGAGGGCUCUGAGUUGAUCAUUUUCACCUUGAUAUAACCACUGAUUUUACUUCCUAUGCUAAGAAUUAGGAAUUCUGAUAUUUUCAUAAUAAGAUAAUUGCACAAGUGCUGCAAGCAUAAUGUUACAACUGACUGCUCAUUUUCAUUGUGUAAAAGGUGUUGUGAUCCCCUUCUUCUGACAGCAUUGCUUGCUUUAGAAAUGGAAGGAGUUCUUAGUUUUAAUCUUGGAAAGUCUUAAUUGUUGCAUCCCUAAUAUACAUAGAUACAUUAUCCUAACAUUUGCAUGAGGGUCCCAGUGGCUGAUUACAUAAAUAAUCUGAUUAAUACCAUUUUCUUCACUAGUGCAGUGAUGGGAGAGAAGGCUAUUCUGAUAGCUUUCAGUGUUUACUGCACGUGACAAAAAUCACAAAGUGUUCCCAGUUGGGUAGUGUUUGGCCCUAUGCAAAGUUAGUACUCUACAUAUAUUAGCGUGUGGAGAUUUAACACCUUCUUUCUUGCUUUGCCUGCACGACAAAAUCCAAAGUUUCAGCUCACUCUGGUUGAGGGUUACGUACUGUAUAUCCCAUCAGAGAGUAAACUGGAAGUGAAAAUGUACUGUUGCGUGCCAUUUAGUGUAGGGAUUGCAAAUGACCAUUUAUAAAUGUUUUAGAAACUAAAAUCCUUCACAGACUACUGACGGUGAGUUGAUGUCACCAUCAGUGAUGGCGGUCCAUAAUGUAUGCUUAUUCGAGCGUAGCGUAGAUUGCUCACAUGAAUAAAUGUGAUGUUAACGUGUGAUCUGGUUUUAACGUAGCAUGCGUGUUGUGCAUUAAUAAAUGGUCAUUCCCAUCUCCCUGAAUAAGGCUCUUACGAGUUGUUUUUUUUCAUUAUUAAACUGUAGCAUUCAAAAGAGCUUAUUACAAACCCAGAAAGCCUGUGAUUACUGCAAGGUUUUAUGUAUGUGGGAUUAUCACUUACUGUAUAUUAAUGUGCAGCACAAAAUGGAAUGUGCAUUUAAUUUACUUUGUGCUGAGUUUUGUUUUGGAAGCAUAAUAAGCUCCCUUAUCAUCCUGGGCGCUGGGCUAGCCAAAUCCUCAAAGUGAGCUGCGUCUGGCACGCUGAGGCUUCCCCCACCAGGGAGGGACGUACUUCAGCCUCAUCUCGGAAGCAGUAACUUUGCUUGAUUUUUGGGAAGACCCACCACAAUCUUUAUUCCUUUGACUGAUUUGAACUAUGUAAAACCGUGUGAGGUUGAAGGGAUUGGUGAACUCCAUGACAUGUCACUCCUUUGUUAACUGUUUUGCUGGUAAUAUCUUUUUAAUACCGUUUAUUUUUGACUGAAUCAUUUGUCUUCCUCAGCCUCGUCAGUCAGCAGAGCUUCCAUUAGCCAUUUGCUAGUGGAGGGAGAUGUGUAAGUCUAAUAAUCCUUUGCAGGUUUAAAUAAUUUCCUUUUACAUUAUGUUAAAAGUGUCCUGUUUGGCUUCAACAAAUUCGUAUACAGGUAUACAGUACGUUUUAAGGAGUGGUUGACCUCUAGCCCCCUAAACUGAAAUUAAAGCCUGUGAGGUUGAUUUAUAUUUUUACACAUUUCUGUAUGACAAAAUAAAUAAAAUCUGGCAACACUUUGUCAGUAAGUCAGGGACUGUUACAAUGUAUGAAAUUGUGUUACAACUGUAAUGUCUGUUACACUAGUAUACAGUAGUCUUAGAUGCAGCAAUUGCUACUGUUGUUAUAUUAUGUUAUAUAUACUGUUGAAAUCGGUAGAUAUUUCCUGAAAGAAAGAUAUGCUGUUGUUAGUAGGAGAGUACAGCACCAGUUAAAAGGCAGUCAUGUACUUUGUCCUUGUUUCAUUUUUUAAUCUGUAAAGAGCCUAAUGGUAUUGUAAAGCUUUUCUUUUUGUUGGAAAGUUCGAUGUUUAAGCUGGGAAGAAUACGUCCAUCCAAAUAAGGAAUUAUUAUGUAAAGUACAUUUAAAGAAAAUUCACGACCAACAUACACUUCUAUUGAUCAGAUUCCACUGUUUGCUGUUUUUCAGUACUAACAGGUGAAGACAGUUAUUGGAUAAAAUACUCGGUAGAUAGUUGUAUUGCUUUCAUCUUCAAGCAUCCCAUCGUUAUUCAAAUCUGAUGUUUUUGUUAAAGAGUUUUUACUUCUCAUUCUGUAGUUGUGUUUUUUUGGGGUCUUUUCAAGCAAGAACACUUUUCACCCACCACCAUAAUGGCUGUUCAGUGGAGAGUAAGUGCACACUUCUGCUUCUAAAAAUAGCGAAUAGAUUGUAAAGAUCUGGUAUGGCAGCAUGGUGCUGCCCUGGUGAGCAUUGCUGCCUUGCAGCUCUGGGGCCUUGAGAUCAGCUCCUGACCUGGGGUCUGUCCGUGUGUCCGAGUUUGUGUGUUCGCCCCGUGCUCCAGGUGCUCCAGUUUCCUCCCUAAAUUGGAUGGAGCAGUUAGAAAAUGAAUGGAUGGAAAAAGGUCUGGUACAUCUUAGCUACUCAGAUAUGCUACUUAAGUAGCAGUGUUAACUCUUUGUAGCCUGAUCCCUGAACCUCAGCCAGGCUUGACCUGGUCAGCAUGAGGAAGGGAGUCCUGCAAGGAAAUCUAGAUUCCUGCUGUAAGUGCUGUUGGUGGACCAGUAGGUUGGGCUCUAGAUGAGAAUUUCCAGUGCAUUGCAAACUGGUGGCGACUGGGGACACUGUGCUGUAGGGAGGAGUUAAAAUCCAGCCCUGACAGUGGCAUUAAAGAGCCCAGCGCACAUUUUGCAGCGGCAGAGGAAGUUCACUAAAUGUGUUGUUUCUCCCCUCUCUGUCAGAUCUGCAGAGUAGCGAGGCUGCUGGCACAGCCUGGUCGCGCACGUUUCUGAACCAGCAGUAGAGGCAGAAUCUCACUGCCUCAUCCCUGUCUCUGUCAGAGGCAUACAGCACAUGGUAUAUUAUUUAAAUGGCACAAUUAUGGGUACCAUUAGAGAAGCAUUGAUUAUUUUCUUAUUGUAUGCUUCAGUGUUGUAGAACAGGGAUUGUUCAUCAGCUUGGUUUGAUUGUACAAUACUCAAGUUUAGUCAGGGUCUUGAUAGUAGGAGCAGGAUCUCUGGAAAUGUGGGUUGUCAGGACAUCCAUGUCUUCUCACCACCACAGGUCCCUCAGCUUCUGAGCAGCGUUAAACAUCAGAUGGAGAACUUAAUGCAGCUCUUGUUGAGGUCUAGGCUUGGUGCUCCUACAUUUCUGCUGCACACAGAAUUGUCAGAAAGCGUGAGCAUUAAGUAAUUGUCUCACCCUUAAAUUUUCAAAGACUUAAAAAGAUGCAUCUGCCCUGCUGUGACUAAAUUAAGGGAUUUGAGGUUGCUCUGAUUUCAUGAUUAGUGUACUCUAUAAGAAAAAAAAAGAGCUCCUCAGCCUCUGGUGAGACUUAAAAGCAAUUAGAAGGUAUCAAAAGCCUCAUUCAAAACACUUAAUAAAGAUUUGUGAUGGUAUUUUGUGGGUAGCAAAAAUAUAAAUGUCAACAAUGAAAAGGCCUGUGUCUAACAUGGAUCAUGAACAUCUGGUAGGCCACAGUGCUGAGGUGCUGCUGUGUGACUCUGGCCAGUAUCACUCCCGGUCAGCUAAUGAUGUAAUUCAGUCAUCUCUGCAAUACAAUGCCUGACACACUGACCCACUGAGAAGUUCCCGUGCCAAACAUAAUCAUUGCAUUGCUUUACACUAUAGGGCUGCCAUGUUUGAUGGCAUUAAAAUAUGGCCAGUGUCAUUUGAUUUCCAUUUCUCUGCCUUGCAGAAAUUGAAAUGCCAGUGGAAAAUGAGAAGAUGACUCAAGGGCGCCCGAGCCGCAGCUAGGUCUUGUGUCUUGUGGCCCUUGUUUUUUGCAGAAACAGCUUGCGGAAGUUUGGAGACAGGAGGCCAGCUGGCACGUAGAGAGUGUGACAGGGAUUAAAAGCCUGGUCCACUGCAGGACCAGUCCACAAGCGGUGUGAUGGGUUCAGUUCACCAAGGGGCGGCUCCACCUGUCCCCAUCAGUGCUCCCUGCUUCUGAUCAGCUGAAUCCUUUAUGACAUUCAAUGCAAUUUUGAAGUUGGAAUUUUUUCCAUAACAAUAGAUGCUCUUAUGCUAGUUCACACUUAGCUUACACUCUGGUGGACACUUGUAGGUGCAGGAAGGGAAGGGAUCAUACAUGACAAAAUCAACAGGGAUGGAAAAUACUGGUAUCGGAAGCUCAGUUUGAACCCAAGCUCUUCACCUAUCUUUAGGCAAUGCUGAUAAUUCCAGUUUGAAUCAUAAAUUAUAACUUCGAACACUGCACUGUCAUGCUUUGAACUGUCAUUGUCACUGAGGUCAUUUCCCUGCCCAGCUGUGCAAAACACUUAACCUUUCCUCAUUCACAGAAUAAAAAUAAAAAAACAUAACUGCACUGAACAAGAAAAAUAUGAAAGUAAUGCAAUUAAGACUCUUCCUCUUGGCUUUCUGCUGAGUUGCAUGAUGCAAACCGCACCAUGGCUCACUUCAGAGAUUUGGAGUAAUUCACAAACGAAAAUUAUUUCAAUUUCAAAUGUCGAUCACCCAUGUGCAAACAGAAUCCCAUCUUAGCAACUCCUCUCCCACGUUUGUGAUGUGCUUUCAGUGAGAAAGUUCUCAGAGAACAUUUUCAUCCAUCUGCUUACAUGAAGAAAUUCUUCAGUCUCUCAAGUUAAGGAGUCCUGCAGGUCAUAAAGUUAAGUCUAAAAGCAUGGUGGAGGAAAGCUCAGAACCCAUCACCAGGUGUCUGUUGGUUCAUGCCUGCAAGGUAGACCUCUGUCAUAUUCUUUACAAUGUACCUAGUUGCUUCAGUCACACUCUCUUUAUAAUCAGAUACUUGCUUGGCUUGGAGGUUAAGCUGCAAUGGGCUAGUGUCCCAUUCACAGAAGUGCUACUUUAAGUUUGCUUAAUGCUACAAGUCUCUUCCAAUCAUUAAGGCAUGACUUGUGUGAAUUGUUCAAUGCAUAGAGAAUGAAAACAUGUUAACUUAUACUAAAGAAGUAAAUUGUCCAAUUAAGGCAUUCAAGCCUGAACUGGAACAAAAACUAGAAAACACAGCAGUUCUCAUGGGACCAUGUCUAUCCAAAAUAGCAUGCAUUUCAAACAGCAGUGGAAAAAUGCAAUCAUGGGGUUCCAUAUUUCUGCAAACACAAGCACACAACUUUUCCUGAUCACUCCAGUUGGCAUCUUUCUAUGCAAAUCUACCUGAAGUAUAUGGAUCCACUGUCCUCUAUGUUAAAGAUUUUCAGCAGAAAGGCGGUGCAGUGCAUCAUUCCAAACAUGUCUCUGGGCCUGGAAUUGGUUCAGCAUUCUGUUUGUUAAACUGCAUGUAAUUGUAAGGUCUGAAGAUGAUCAGACCUGUGGUAAUCGGACAGUGCACUGUCAAAUCUUUGACAAACUGUGCUCGCAAUGCUUUUCUUCCUACUUUGCUUUGAGGUACUGUGACCAGAACCCACUGUUUUUAGCUCUGUUUCAUUUGCUCUUAAGACAUCACAGACAUAGGAAGAGGUGAGCAUCUGAAUUUUUGCCGUUUCUCCAUAUUAGCACUGCAAAGGUCUUCAUUUCAUCGGCUCUGCUUUUGAACAUUUAAAGUGCCCAUUUUCUACAAAUGCCUACCAAUGCUAAUUUAAAGCCAUGCAGAUGUUUAACCUUCUUUUCCAAUAAUGAAUUAUGACUAAACUACAACAAAUAAAGGAAUAAUAAAAAGUAUGGAAGAUAAAACUGCAAGGCAAGAUUUAGGAAAUUGUUACAAACAAUAAAGGGCUUCUUAUUUUACUAGUCUUGAUUGAAGUACAAACUUGAUCUUGUUGCAUGUUUGUGUGUUUCUUGUGAAAAUAAAUGUUCCCUUAACAGAGGGUUUGUUUCA